AUGGCUCGACAAUCCCCAUUUAUGUCCUCGGCUCAAUUUACCUAUCCAACCAGUUAUCAACAGCGUGAUACUCGUUAUGCUGGUAAUUCUACUGUUGAAACAGCUAUGGCUUUAAAUCGACGUCCAUCAUUACUUGCUGGUUAUCAUAAUCAUUUUGGUAGUCCCGAAAGAGCUGCAAUACCUUCGUAUUAUCCUUCACUAGCACCUAUAUCAAUGGGGCCACAUGUCGAUGAACAUUCAAAACGAUCACGUUAUCCAACAGGUGGUAAUCUAUCCAUUAACUCACAAUUAUUACCAUUAUCAAUUGAUGUUAAAAAGGAACAACAAGUAUAUCAACCGCAAACUGAAGCUAUAUCACCAACACCAGAUGAUCCGAAAAAUGAUUCAAAUAUGAGAGAUUCAACCAUUAUACGUAAUGCAAUAUCGAAACUUGAAUCUGAAAUUGAUAUAACUAUGAAAAAACUUGAUCGUGCUAAACUUAGUCAAAGUGAAAUUAGAAGUCAAGCUGAUAGAUCAGCUGCAGAUGAAGAAGAUAAUGAUGAUCAAGAUGAUUUACUUAAAACAAAUGGUUCACAAACACUUAUUGAAAAAAUUCUUCAUGAUAAUAGAAAAAAAGCUGAAGAUAGUCAAAAAAUGUUAAAUCAUUUAAAUAAUAAUCUAGAUUUAACAAUACCACUUUAUCAAGAACCAAAUGAUCUUGAAUCAAUACGAAAAAUUCGAAUAGAAUAUGUAAAUAUAAUGAAAAAUCGGUUAAAAGAUUUUUUUAAAAAGAAAACUGAAAUAUAUAAAAAUCGAAUAAAAAUAAACAGUGAUCAAUAUGAUAAAGUUUAUCAAGAAUGGCAAAAAUUAAUUGAAAAUGAUGAAAAAUUUAUUUUAAAUAAGGAUUUAACAAUAUAUCGUGAAACAUUUGAAAAAACAUUUCCAGAAUUACGUAAAACACGUGAAGAUAAAGAAAAAAAACAAUCAAAUUUAAAUGAUUCAAAUAUAUCAGAACAACAAAUAACAUUAAAUACAAAUACAAUUGAACAAGAUAUUGAAAAUGACGAAGAAAAAAUGCGUAAAUCAUCUAUUAUACCACCAAUUAUCUAUGAUAAAUGGCAACGAAAAUAUAAAUAUUUUAAUGAAAAUAGUUUAAUAAAACGUGAUGCAGCUGAAUUUUAUAAAGAACUUACUAAAAUGCCCUAUUGGUCAACAGAAGAAAAACAAAUUUUUAUUGAAAAAUUUACACAAUCACCUAAAAAUUUUGGUUAUAUAUCAUCAUUUUUAGAAAAUAAAACAACAGAACAAUGUGUACAAUUUUAUUAUAUGACUAAAAAAACAGAAAAUUAUAAAAAUUUAUUACGAAAACAAACACAAGCUAAUCGAAGAAAAGCUAAACAAAAUGCAGCAGCAGCAGCAGCAACAACAACGACAGUUACAUCAUCAACAACUAUUGAAACAACUUUAGUUACAAAAGUUACUUCAUCGAAUAGUAUUCUUUCAUCAACAUCACAACAAGUUCUUUCACAAACAACAGCUACAGGAGGACAAGAUGGUGAUCGUUCAACAGAUCGAUUGGAAAAUGAUGAAGAGCGACGUGAAAUAAAUCCCGGUGAUGGAAAUGAAGAAAAACGUGCGAAUAAAAAUCGAUGUCAAUUAUUAUCUUGUACAACUGAAAAAUUAGGUAAAAAGAAAAAUCGUAAAAAUCGUCUACGUGCAUUUCCAACUAAAUGGAAUGAAUUAACACCAGAAAAUCAAGAAGCAAUUCGUCGUUCAUUACAAAUUCCUCAAAAUGUUCAACGAUGUUGUACACGUUGUUAUGACAAACUAAUUAUUCAAGUACGUCAAAGACAAACAACACAACCUAUUGAAGAAGAAGAUGAUGAUGAUGAAUCAUCAAAAAUGCAAUCAACUAUAACAGAUGAACAAAAUUCUAAACAUGAUGAUGAAUGGACUGAACAUGAGAUUGAUGCAUUUACAGAAGCAUUUCAUAAAUUUCGAGAUGAUUGGACACAAAUAGCCGAAUAUGUUCAUCGUAGUGAACAAAGUUGUCGAGUAUUCUAUCAAAAAUUUCGUAAAAAAAAUGGUCAAGCUGAUGAUGAACAUAAUAUUGAAGAAGAUAAUGCAAGUAUAUCAGGUUCAGAAGAUACAUCUCGUCGAUUAAUUAUUCCAAUAAAAUCACAAGAAAAUGAACAAAAUUAUGAAGAUAAUGAUGAUGAUGCACAAAAAACAAAUAUUAAUGAUGAUAGUAAUGAUUCAAUACAUGGUAUGGUUAUUGAUGAAGUUGAUGAACAAACAUCAAUUAUUGAAGAAAAAAAUGAUAAAAUUUCAACAUCAUCUGGUUUAACAACAAUAAAUUCUCUUAUAGAAAAAGAAAUUUCAAAAACAUUAAGCGAAACAGAUAAACGUUUAUCAAAUACAAAUAUAUCAUCAAAUAAAAUUCAAUCAACAUUACCAUUAACAACAAUUAAUUCAAAUAAUUCUACUCAACCAUCACAACAACCACAACAACCACCACCGCCACCACUUGUUACAUUAACAAAAUCACAUUCACCAUCAAUACAUUCUUAUUCAUCUCAUAAUCAACAAACAUUUUCAAAUAAAGGUUCAAUUAUGCGUGGAACACCAAUAUCACCAUCAAAUAAAUCAAUUUCUAUUGAUACAUCAACUACACAUCCACAUAUUCAUUCACAAAAUUAUUCUAGUCCAAGAAAUGAAUAUUCUCAUCAUCCAUCAACAUAUAUCGACUCAUCACAUAUUAAAUCUUCAAAAAUUAUAGAUCAACAACAACAACAUUUGUAUUUACAACAACAACAACAACAACAACAGCAAACUAAUUAUAUGCGUCAUUAUCCUCAUCAACAAGCAGCACAUAGUAAUUUUUCAACACCAUCAAAUCCAACACAAUAUUUACAACAACAUAAAUCAUCUUCGAUUAAUAAUCAACAACAAACAUCAACAAAUACAAAUAAACCGAUUGGAAUUGAUACAUCAAAUACAGAUACAUAUGAAACAUUACGAGCUGAUUUUGUUACAUCAAGAUAUCUUACAACAGGACAUUCACCAAAUCACGAACGUCAAUCUCGUCAUCCGUCUGAACAACGUUCUCCGUCUCAAGCAUCAUCAUCAAAUAAUCAACAAUUACUGCCGCCACCAACAGCAAUUGUUCCUCCAACAUCGAAUCCUUCUAUUCAAUCAUCAUCACAUUCACAACAACAACAAGCUGCACUUCUAGCAGCAUCCCAUAUACUUGCUUCAUCUGGUGUACACCCACAAGAAUUACUUGCUAGUGGUCUUCUACCUUAUCCACAUUAUUAUAGUUCAUUACCCGGUGCUUCAUUCUAUAUUGAUCCACGUCUUAUGCAUGAUUUGACGACAGCUGCAAAUAAUGAACAAUUAAAAAAUUUACGUACUACUCGUCAUCUUUCUCAAGCAUCAGCACAUUCACCACCUGAUCCUUCAAUAUACUCAACUCAAUCAGCUAAACGACAUUCAUAUGAAAAUAUUGAACAUAUGCGAUAUCCAACAGGUGAUUAUGCAACGCCUAUAUGGCGUACACAAAAUAUAAAUAAUACUCAACAGCAACAACAACAACAACAACAGCAGCAGCAAAAGAUUCAUUCACAAUUAAAACCAAAUUCUGGUACAAAUGAAAAUCCAUAUUCAAAAUUAAAUGAUUUAUCUCGAUCUUCAACACGUAUUACUUCUGCUACAGAUCGAGAUACGCGAUCUCCGGAAGAUUUUCAUCAUCGUAUUAAUCAACCACGUACAACUGUUGAAAGUUCAUCAAUUCAUUUUCCACGAACCGAAUCACAUAUUCAUCAUAAAUCAUCAUCACAUGAAAAAUUAAAUACUAAUUUACAUUUUUCUGAUCAUUCAACAGAUGGUAAUCCAUCAUCCUAUAUAAGACAACCGACUAAUGUGCAUAAACCACAUCCAAGUCAUCCGUCUCAACAACCACAUUCUCAUCAUACAUCUACUUCAACAAAUCGAUCAACAUUAGUUCCAACAUCUCAAAUAUCUCCACAUCAUGCAUCACCUUAUAUGUUUCAUAAUCUUCAUCCAUCUUCAGUGAGUACAAUAUCACCUAAACAACAAUCACAUUAUAUUCAACAACGUUCAUCACAUCAUAACGAAUCAAUUCGAAAUCCUAAAGAACCAAUAUCAAUUCAAGAAUUUAUGAAACAAAAUGUUAAUGAAUUUGUUGCAUUAACAAAUAACGAUAAUAAAACUCUAAAUAGUGACUUAUCUGUAUCAGAAAAUUCUACUAAUCAAUUAUCACGUAUAUAUCAACCAACAACAAUAGUCGGAACAAAACCUGUCGAUAAUUCUGAUCAACCAAUUUUACUUGACGGUGACGACGAUUCAAAUUCCAUUCGUGAACAACCUGAAACAAUAACAGAUGGAAAUUCUAAAAUUCGUUCAAAUCAAGAUAUAAAUAAAUCAACUAUGGAAAACGAAAUGCCUGAACGACGUCGUGAUAGUUCAAUUAAAAAAAUUCUUUCCAAUCAACCCUUAGAAAAACAAGAAUAUGUUGAAUUAAAUCAAAAAGUACAAAAUAGUGCUGUUAGUGCAUCCAAAGUUCAUUCAAGUAAUGAUUUAAAUGUAUUAGAACGAACAAAUAGUACCGGUGCACGCGAAUCUACACGAUCACGAGGUUCGAUUACAAUGCGAAUGUUAAUGGGUGCCAAUGGAAUUUAUGCUGAUGGAAAAGCUCAACCAAUGACAGCUAAUGAAUUUACAAAUGAACAAUCGAAUAAACGAGCAGCAUCACCACAUGAUAAAAGUCAAUCAUUAGAAUAUUUAAUACGUGGUGAACUUGUUCGAGCAUGUCCAACAUUACCAAAAAGUGAUGAAUCAUCGAUGAUAUUUCAAAGCCGUAAUCCAUCGAAUCGUUUAUCACCAACAACACAACAACGAAUGCAAUCAAAUCAACAACAACAACAACAACAACAGCAACAGCAACCAAUAUCUAAACGAAUGCGAACAUCACCGAAAGAUGAAUCAAUAUCAAAUAAUGAACAAUGUCAAUCAUCAUUUAAUCAAACACAAGAAACAUCAACUAAUGUACGUGAUCCAUUUAUUUUACAAUCGCACUCAAAAAAUUCUCAUCAUCAAAUGAGUUCAUCACCAUCAUCAUCAUCAUCAAAUAUUGAGCGUAAUUGGCAAUCUUAUGUUCAACAACAAUACCAACAAUCAUUAGCAUCACGUUCAACGCGCCCAACAACUACUAAUGCGGGUUCCAUAACACAAGGUAGUCCAAUAUCACCACCAACACGUUCAACUAAUGAUCAACAACAAUAUCCAGCAACAGCAAAUAAUCACCUUGUUAAUCCACGUUAUACUUGUAUGAAUAAAAAUGAACAACAAUUUUCACCAUCAAGACAAUCAUCGACAUCACCACUUGAUCAUUCACCAAAAGGAAAAUUUGCUCGUAGAGCACAGCAGACACUAUCAUCUCCAGCUGAUACUCAAUAUGAAACAACACUAUCAAUAAAUGUUGAUCCAUCCUCGAGUCAUAAAAGUUCAAAUAUAAAUUCAUUACGAACAAAUACUCCACCAAUUGCCGCAUCUCCAAUAUCAUCAUCCGUAUCACCAGCAACAUCUGUAUCGUCGAAUAGUGCGCAUCCGCUUAAAAAACGUUUACUUAGUGAAUAUGAAUUUGAACAACAACAACAUCAACGCAAUUCACCAACAAUGAUAUCACCUGUUAUAUCAACACAAACAUCACCACCAAUAUCAUCAACAGAAGAAAUAAUUCAUAAUUCAGAUACAUCUGAACAAAAUACUGAAGAAAAUUCUAAUACUGACACAACUAAGAAAACAACUAAUAGUUCUAGUGAAAAAAAUGAAUCUUCGACAUGA